CCUGAUUGUCAAUCAUUAGCUUGUCUCUUAUGAUAUUUACACGCAGGGUGAAAGGUUAUGUUCAAAAGCAUGCCAUCCAGUCUUUGUAGCUUUCAAACCGAUCAUUUUCUUCAUUAAGGUUAUCCAUGGAUCCUUUGGAAGCGGGCUCCCCACAGAAAGUUAUUGAGAGGGUGGCCAAGCAGCUGGGCUGCAGCACUACUUCACGUUAUGUGGCUGAAUACUUUGACCAACAUGACAAGCUGCGGGAUUUGCGUCAGGAAUUCCUGGUUCCGAAAGUAGCUGAUCUUACUCCAUCUGAUCUAACACUUGUGGAUGGCUCAGAGGAUUGCAUUUACUUUGUAGGCAACUCUCUAGGACUACAACCAAAAAAUACCAAAAAGUACAUUGACGAGGAGUUGGAGAAAUGGGCCAAAAUAGGAGCCCAUGGACAUGUGAUGGGGUCACGUCCUUGGGCCUGGGCUGAGAACAAUCUGGAGGCUCUCAUGGCAAAGGUUGUGGGUGCUAAACCAGAGGAAGUGGCCUUAUUGAAUGGCUUGACUGUCAAUCUGCACCUCCUGAUGCUUGCAUUUUACAAUCCCACUGCAAAACGCCACAAAAUCGUUCUGGAGGAAAAGGCCUUUCCUUCUGACCAUUAUGCUGUGGAAUCUCAGAUACGUUUAAGAGGAUUUGACCCUAGUGAGAGCAUGGUUCUCCUCAAACCCAGAGCGGGCGAGGACACCCUGAGGACGGAGGACAUCGUGUCCACAAUCAAGCGAGAGGGAGACUCUGUUGCUGUGGUGAUGCUCGGUGGAGUCCAGUACUACACGGGCCAGCUGUUCAAUAUGGAGGUCAUCACCAAAGCAGGCCAGGCCCAGGGCUGCUAUGUAGGCUUCGACUGUGCACAUGCAGCGGGUAAUGCAGAGCUGCGACUGCAUGACUGGGGCGUCGACUUCGCCUGCUGGUGCACUUACAAAUAUAUGAACUCUGGGGCAGGUGGUUUGGCCGGAGCGUACAUACAUGAGAAACAUGCGAACACAGUCAAACCUGCGCUUCUUGGUUGGUGGGGACACAAGUUGGACACUAGAUUCCAGAUGACCAAUGUGAUGAGCCUGCAGCCUGGAAUAAGUGGAUUCAGACUCUCAAAUCAACCCAUUUUACUGGUGUGUCCCCUACAAGCCAGUCUAGAGAUCUUUAACAAAACCACCAUGAGGGAUCUGAGGAAGAAGUCCAUCCUGCUGACUGGUUAUUUGGAACACCUGCUGACGCACUACUACAGCGAGGACAAAUCUGAGCCACGGAAACCUCAUGUCCGUAUCAUUACACCCAGUAACCCGGCAGAGAGAGGCUGCCAGCUCUCGCUCUCCUUCUCGGUUCCCAUCAGAGCUGUCUUUCAAGAGCUUGAGAAGAGAGGAGUCACAUGUGACAUGAGGGAACCAAAUGUACUGCGUGUAGCUCCUGUUCCUCUCUACAACUCCUUCACUGAGGUCCAUCGCUUCAUCACGGUGCUCGGAGCAGCUCUGGAAGCCAGCAAACAACACAACUGAUCUCUUAAACAAGCCGAUGAUGCAUUCAAGGGAUAUUUCUACAACUGGAAAUACCUGAAAACUAGUUGGAGACCAUUUUAAAUGUGGAAGUGAGAUUGUGAUGACUCACAGACACAAGCUUAUAUUUGUUUUGGCCUUGAGAUAUGACCUUGAUAAGACCUUGAGUUGAGUCUUUCAGUAUGGUGUACAGGUCAUAUUUGAUAUUUUCAUCUGAUCUGUAAUCAAAAGGGUGCGAUUUGUGAGGUACUUGAACCCCAGAGAAUUAGUAUUAACUCAGAUGGUCCUCAGAGAAAUGUCUGUACAUUGUACAGUGAAAAAAUGAUUAUACAAUAUGUUCAUAUUAUCCAUAAUGUAAGUAGUACAAUCAAACAAUAAAAGCACAUAUAUGA